AAUACCUUUGAAUAACUCUUCGUCUGUCUUUCCCAUUGCUUCCAUCUCGCUGCCGGUUAGUCCGGAGACUGGUUUGGUUUGGUUUUACUUGUCGGGAACCGUUAGAUUCAAAAUUUCUUUCCAAGUACUUUUACUAUUUACUCUUCGAUGAAUUUGGGUAUUUGUUUUGUAAUUUCACUGUUUGGCGGUUGCCACAGGCAACACACGUUAUCGAAAACAGGAUGGAUAACUUCUCAGUAAGAUCCCGAUAAUAUAACGGUCCUAUCAGAACGGUGAUAAGCGAUUGACCGAAAAGAUUUUUAUUUCUCGGCGUCUCGUCGGGUUUGUUCACGGUUAUCUAUAUGAUAGCGGGCAAUUUUUUUUUAUCUAGUAGUUAUUUGUCGAAUGUCUUGUUUCCGUCGUUUUAUGACCGAAUUCUCGGCAAGUGGAAAAGUGGUACGGGUCACAGUCCACCCAGAUCGUCGUCCAUUUAGAUCCCGAUUGGCUUCUAGUUCCCCGGUGUCUAGACUAGGCCUUUGACCCAUAAUUUGGGUCAGUUAGUUAGUCCCGUCGAUUGAAUUCCCGCGGGUAAACUGCGUGCGCGCGAACCGUCACCUAGAUUGGAUUAUUCCACAGGUCUAAACGACACCGACACGGGUCUAGAGGAUCGGAAAUCUAGGCGGACGUUCGCCUGGAGAACGACGAAAAAUAAAGUUGGCAAUGUACUGUUUGUUAUCUGUGUAGAUACGGGGCCGACGAACGACCGUAGUCUUCUGCGUUCCUCCGGAAUGUAAUACGGAAUACAAAUUUUCCUCUGGGCAGAUCCGUGUGAGAAACCGGUAAUAAUAAUAAUAAUAAUAAUAUUUCGUUUGUUGCUUUUGUUUGUUGUUGUUGUUAGUUUUUUUUUCUUUUUUUACCGUGUUCCGUGUUUGUAGGCGAAUAUUGUAAAUGCCACCGUAUACGCUUGCGUAACGUUUACCGUAAUAUUCUGCUGGUAAUAUUCGGCCGCGCUGUCCUCCCGAAAUUAUGUUAUUGUUGUUUUGAUCGCAUUCGAUUCAGCGUUCGUCGCUCGUCGCUCGUUCAGACACGUUUUCCCGUACACGCGGUGUAGCAGAUUGCAUUAACGUUUGAACCGUUUUCAGCUGCGUAAUCGGCGGGCUGUGAUUAUAAUUGCGUAUUUUUUUUUUUUUUUGUAUUAAGACCCCGGGUAAGUUCGGGUUGAUUGUUUGCCUGAAUAUGGAAGUGGUCAACGAGAGUGAGUAAUUUAUUGUCGCCGUCACCGUGCACAACGUCAGUCGUCCGUAAUUGGUUUACGCGUUUUCGUUCGUAGAUUUCUACCGGUUGCUGCCGGAAAUCGAACAGGCCAUAGACGAGUGUUCAUUCAUCGCGAUCGAUGGCGAAUUUACAGGCCUCCACAACGGUACAAUGGUCAGUGUAUUCGACACGGCCGCUCAGUAUUACCAAAAACUCAGGAGUAACUGUAUGGACUUUUUGAUGGUCCAGGUCGGCUUGUGCAUUGUCAAGUACAACACCGAAAAGAAAAAGUAAAAUUUCUAUUAAAACGAAAUGUUUAUUUGAGUAAGUAGUCAAUCGUGUUUUUAAAUCGGUCAUUUCUGUCGAACCAGGUUCACGUAUAGGGCGUAUAAUUUUUAUACAUUUCCGAAACCGAUGAGUCGAUACGCACCGGAUUGCCGGUUUCUCUGUCAGUCUUCCAGCAUGGAAUUUUUAAGCAACCACAAUUUCGACUUUAACAAACUAUUUAAACAUGGCAUGUUUUAAUAAUAACUAUAACGCAUUUGGUUUUGUUUAAGUAUUAAUUUCAAUUUUAUAUUAUUUUAGGUAUUCCUUUUCUCACUUUACCCGAUGAACAAGUAUUGCGCACCGAGUUACUUAAUCGAUAUAAGCAAAGUUGUACACAGGCUGGGACAUCAUCAUCAUCAUCAAAAGCUCCCAAUAUUAUUCCUAUACCUGAUAAUCAUAAAACAGUAAUAGAAGAUGCUUGGUGAAUAUUUCUAUUGUUAUUAUGCGGUAUCUUUAAAGAAUGAACUUUUUUAUAUGUUGACUAAUAAAAUAUUAAAUUAAUAUAUAGUGAAAAGGUGAAGGAAUUAUUAGAAAAUGACACUAGUUCUGAAAUCAUCGUAGCAGAGAAUACCAAUUCUUUUAUUAGAAAACUAUUAUAUCAGGUUAGUUUGUGUAUCACUUAUGGGGAUUAGAAGUGUUGAUUUUCUGUCUUUAUCUUACACACGUGGAACAUAAGAAUUUAGAUGUGUUUUAUUUCCAACAUGCCUAUUUUUAUACCAAAGUGAUAAGAAUUCUGAUUUGAAUCUGCUGUCAAAUAGACUUUCCUCAUUUUUGACAUUAUCCCCAAAAAUCUUAAAAAAAAAAAAAAAAAAAAACUAUAAUAAAUAAGUAGCAAUUAAAAUUUAGAAUAUUUUAAUUUUUGGAGAAAUUAAAAAAACAAAAAGUGGGAAAGUCUAUUUAAAGUAGACUCUACAACAAAUUCAAAUCUGCUUCCAGAAUUCUGAACGCUUUACUACACCAAUUGGUACAUUGGAAAUAGAACAGUCUCAAUUUCUACAAAGACAAGGACAAAAAAUCCCCUUGUAGUAAAAGAAAAGUAAUUAUAGACUUAAUACUUAGUAAUAGUCUAUACAUCUGUUAAGAUACAUAAAUAAAAACAAGAGCAACAGAGCUCUGUCACUAGUCAGUUUGAGUUUGUGUUGUCAGUGUUGUGUAUUAUAGAAGUAUAAAAGGUAAAACGAAGAACUGAUAAAUGGUAUGUUAUUAUUUUAAAAUUAUUCUCAACUGAAAUGUAGGAUUUAAGAUUUAAAAAAAAAAAAAUUUUAGAUUCUACUUAUUGUUUUAUUUUUACAUUACAGGAAAUCCAACUAAAGUAUUCAGAUGAUAAAGUUUGUAUGCAAACAAAAAUAGUUGAAGGUGUUGGUAACGUGAUGGUAGCAUACAAGGGUAGAUCAAGAGAUUUAAUGGCAAAAGAAAGAAUGGAACGGGAGCAGAUUGAAUUGGAAAAAGCAGUUGGGUUUUCAGCUAUCCUGAAGAAAAUACGGAAUUCUGUAAAUUUAUUAAACAACCUUAAAAUAAAUUUUUAUUUGCAAUUUGAAUAUGUUUUUUAUUUCAAGAAUAAACCAGUUGUUGGCCAUAAUAUGACAUUGGAUGUUUGUCAUAUGAUUCAUCAGUUUUGUUUACCAUUGCCUUCUGUUUAUGAUGAAUUUCAAGAUACCGUAAAAUUAAUAUCACCUCGGUAAGUUUAUCUUUUAUUUAAUUAUAUAAUUGUAAUGAUACUUAUGAUAUCAAAUUAAAAUUUGUGUAAAACUUUAUUUUGAAUUUAGGUUUUUGGAUACCAAAUAUAUGAGUGGUAUAGAACCACUUUGUGGGUUUUUUAGAUCAACUGUAUUGAAUGAUUUAAACAAAUCUUUAGCAGAACAAUGCCAGGAUUUCACAAUUUUAGGUAAGUAAUUUAAAAAAAAAAAAAAACAUUAAUUUAAAUAAAAAUAUUGAUUUUUUUUUUAUUAAAGAACCAGAAAUACCUGAAGUUGGUUACAUUAGUGACACAUCAAAAUUGCAUGAUGCUGGAUAUGAUUCAUAUCUGACUAGUUCUGUUUUUGUCAACCUCUGUAAUUUUUAUGGUAAGCGAAGACUAAUGAUUUUUAUAAAUUAAUGUGUUUAUAUUCACUUGUUCAUAUCAUUGAUUCAAAGUCUCAAAUGUUAUCUUGUUGGUAAAAUCAAUACAUUCCUCGCUUUACUCAGAAUCUAAAAUUAUAAAGAAUUUAAAAAUUCUCACAUUUCAAUGUUUUAAAUUUUUUUUUUGAUUUUGUAUUAAUGUUUACAAUUUGUGUAAUUAAAUAAUUUACUUGUUCUUAGGUAAAAUAAAAGAUAUCAAAGAUCAAAUUUUGCCAGAUUCUUCAUACCUCAAGAAAUAUGAGAAUAAGUUAGUAGGUCUUUUAGACUAUAUGUUAUUAAAUUAUAAUAAAAUAAUUUCAUUGUCUUAUUAUCUUAUUUUAGGCUUUUUAUGAUUCGGUAUAAUGAAGAUCCAUGUUUAAAUUUAAAUGGCCCUGAACGUAAGUUUUUAACUUUUAUACUAAAGAGUAUAUAUUUAAACUAACCAAAUAAAAGUUCUUAGUUUGUAGUUUAAGUUAAUAAAAUAGGUGUUAUUUACCGAAUUAAAUAUUAAUAUAAUGUAAAAUAUGUUAUCAUUAUCAUUAUGUUAUUUUUAAAAAGUAAUACUCUUUAGGGGGGCAUAUGAUGCCUUGCGUUUAGUCUUGAGUUCCUACAGGUGGAAAGCCCAGGAGGGUGAUUCCAGUAGUUAUUGUUUCUGUAGGAAUGAUGAAAGUGUUAAAAAUACCAUUAUUUCUCUGGGAGUGAAAUAGAUUACUUCUUUGGUACCACUGUCGUAAUAAGUGACAGAUGGGAUGGUGUCAGGUCAACAGGUGGUGUGAAAUUCUGUUAAAUAAUACAAUGGGUAAACAAAAAUUUGGUGAAUUGUCUCAUCUCAGUGCAUUCACUACAUUCUCUACAUGAACUUGUAGUUGGUUUUAGUUAUAUCAUAAAUAUAUACCCAAAUUAUUGCUAUCAAAAUUAAUUUUUAAAACUGAAACAUACAAUUUCUAGAUUAAAAUUAAGAAUUAUAUAUAAAAAUGUUUUUUCUAGCCAAAUUACAAAGGGACCAUGUUUAUCAUAUUACAUUCCCAUCUGAGUGGAAAACUAUUGAUAUCACAAACAUUUUUGAACCUUUUAGUAAGUUUUAUUUUUUUAGAAAAUAUAAUUACGUAAAACAUUUUAUUUUAUCAUUCCAGCUAAUGUAUUUAUUAAAUAUAUAAACGAUACAUCAGCAUGGGUAGCAUUGAGAGAUGCAUCACAAGCGAAAGCAAUGAACAUAAUUUUACCCAAAUUACAAAAUCUCCAUAAAAAUAUUGUGUUGUUACCUUGGUCAGUUUAUUAUAAUUUAGACAGUAAUACUACAACAAAAUCAAAAAGGAAAAUUAAUGAAUGUUCAUUGACACCAUCUAAAGACAAUUUAAACAAGGCUAAAGAUGAACACGCUGUCGGUGAAACACCAGAAAAAAUAUCACGUACUAUGAAAGGGUCAGCAGUUUUUAUUUUAAUACAUUUAAUUAUUUUUUUAUACCUAAUUAUUUAAUUGAUGUAUAGGCGCAGAGUAUCAAAAGGAGGAAACAUAAGUCCAAUAUUAGAAGGUGAUGAAUCUGUUGAACUAGGUAAUACUUUUUACUAAUCUAAUAGGAUUUUACAUUAUUUCUAACAAAUAAAAUGCCUUAAUUUUACAUAAAUAGUGAUUUUUUUUUAUUAAUAAUUAGGUAAAAGAUAUUUUUAACCAUUAAAAUUAAUAUUCAUAUUAUUUAAUAUACAUUAAAAUAUGUUUCUAUAGUCAUAGAAUGGUUCAAUAAUCAUUAAAAGAAUGAUUUUUUUUAAAAAAUUUCAAUUGAUCUUAUAAUAAUAAUUUACAUUCACAAAUAAAUGUGUUUUUUAUUUGUUAUUCAAAUUUUUGUUAUCUAUCUAGUAUUUAUUAUUUAUUUUCAAAAUGUAUAAAAUUUAAAAAAAAAAAAGAAAUAAUCAAAUUAUAAAAUCAUAUUAAUAAAUUGUGCUAUUUUAGUACUUUACACGACAUCUGUUACAAAUAUAAAUGUAUUAAUACGAAACAUUCUUCAAAUUUAUAUAAUUGAAAUUAUUUUAAUUUGUUGUAAUAUUUUUUAGAUGUUGAUUCAUCAGCAGUAUUGAAUAAUAGCGCUGUUGAUUUCAAUAAUGAUACUAAAGCUACACCAAGUUAUGCACAAACAUUAAAGAUGAAAAAAGCUUCAGAAAGUACUGAACUAAAAGCUAUUUUUCCAGUUGCUUCGUGGGAUUAACUAUACAUUUUAUACUGGAAUCAAUCUGUAAAUAUAUUUUACAUUUACCUUUGAAUACGUUUUAUUGUUGUUUUUGGUUUACUUGGCGUCUGCAUAGAUAACUAGUUACAAAUAUCUGUAAUUUGUUAAUGAUAAAGUGUAAAUGUAAAUAAUAAAGUAUCUAUCUAUUGACACUUUUCAAUGACAUAAAAGAUAAUUUUUAGAAUCUGCAUAAAUAUUUUUGAAUAUUAUAUGUUUUUCAAAACUUUAAAAUAAACUUUGUGUAUAAAUUAAUUGAUUAAUAUAAAAUAUAUAAAUAUUUGUUUUUUAUGUUCAAACUACAACUCUCGUAGGUUUCAGUACUUUUAUAUAUUUUUUAUAUAGAGUAUAGUUUUUCACAGACAAAGUUUGGAACAGAUAAAUUGGUAAACACUUUUCAUAAUUAUUAUAUCAAAACUGGUAGUUUAAAGAGAUUAUAAAAUUAAAAAUAUAAUACUUAACAACUUUAAACUGUACGAAAUUGAGAGUCAUAUAAAUAUUUACUAUAAAAUAUAUUACUAAUUUUUUUGUUAUAAUUUUAGACAAUUCACACCAUUGUUAUUUUACCUAAAUACAUUUUUUGGACUGUAAUUUAAAAUGAUCAUAAUGUGUACAAUAUACCAAUAUUGCCCUAGUGAUGGGGUACCAAAGUGUUCGGAAAAUUAAUAAUAUAUAUAUAUAUUUAAGGAAUACAGUGUAUAUUAGAAAUAUUAUUUAUAAUUUGAACUAUGUAUGUUUUGCCUAUAUAAUAUAUCUAAGUCUUCACAAGGGUACCAGGGAAGGACUGAAGAGAAAUGUGUAUGGAUUAGUGUGGUUUUGGAUUAUUACUCUUAUUAUAUUCAAUUAGAAAUAACAGAAGAGAAAAUAGACUGAGAUGAUUUGGGCAAGCCAUGAGGAGAGAGGAAUAGGAAGCACCAAUUAUAGUUCUGCAAAUAUACAUAAAGAUGAAAAGGAAUUUUUCGCGGUUUUUUUCCUCUGUUAUCUAACUGACGUAGUUUUGAAUAAUAAAUCAAUAGUGUAUUUUCCAAAUAAAAGUACCUACAGUAUGAGAGAUUGAAAUACGGCCAAAGUCACCUAACCCAACUUGAUUACACCAAUGGAUUAAGCAUUUAAAAACGCAUUUUGGAAAAAAAAAAAUGAGACAAUUUUAAAUUUUAACUAAGAAAUACGCGGAACAGAAAACUCGAACUUUAUGAACUUAUUUCCUAUAACUUCGAAACAAAGUUUGUCAAACAUUUUUCAACAUUUUUAAUAUUCAUGAAAAAACAACCAAAAAUUCGCUUAGCAGCUAAACUAGAAUCGUUCCAAAAAAAAAAAAAAAAAGAGCUGAUACUGCAUGUGGAUGGGCCAAUGUUGUAAUAUUGGCGCAUCUACAACGGUGAGAAGCUAGGCAGGUAUCGUACAUAGACUUGUUUGAUUUAUAUCUGCAAGCAGCAAUAAAACAUUGUUAAUAAUUUAACAAUUCUGAUCAAAGUUCAGUUAUAUAUGUUUUAAAAUACCGUAAAUAUUUAUGAUUAACAUCAAAUUUUGAUUUAAAAUUAUUAUUAAAAAAAAAACUACAUUAUUCCUGAUUUUUUUUACCCCUGGAUAUAACCUAUAAUGAAGAAUGUGUGAAAUUUUUUAAUCGUUUCUGUUUGGUAAAACAAUUUUAUAUUUUUAUCCACAUAGUAUAUCUACAAAAGGAAUACUACGUUUAAAGCUUGAAAAUGUAAAAUGCCAUUGAAUAGCUCAAAGAUAUAAGAUAUUUCAUUUUUAUUAUUUUACUUCUUACUUAUCUUUUUUAUUUAUUUUUUUUUUAGAAAUGUACAGCCUUUGGCCUAUGAAUUCUACAUUAUUUAUUAAGAAACUAUUAAUAUUAACCAGAUCAAUUUAGUGACAAUUUGUUUAGCUAUUUCAAGUAGCUAAGGUACAAUGGUACUGGAUAGCUCUUGGUUUUCAAUGGUAAUACAUGUGGCGACGACCGAGACAAUAAGAAUAUUCAAAUUAUUUUUGACAAAUACACCAAUGAUAUUAUUAGAAUAUAUUCAAUUAAAUGUACAAUAUAAUAUGUGGAUUCUAUAAGACAGUGCUCCACCAUGUAACUAAAAUAUAAUUUAAGAUUAUUUACAUACAAAUUUUCAAUUGAAAUUGAUGAGAACUAGAGAUCUGAUAAAUUGGCUACCACGAUAUCCAGAUCUAAUGCCAUAAGAUUUUUUUUUUUUUUGUGGGUUUACUUAAAUGCCAAGUAAACUCCCAUCAAUCAAAGUUGUUAGAUCAUUUAAGCAGUGUCUAAUUAAAUAAUGUUAUUCUCUCGCAUUUGGAAUGUUGAAAUCUGCGACAACUGUAGUGCUGGAAUUGUGUGAGAAAUGUACAGUAAAUCAUGAAUAAUGUGGUGAUGGUGAUAAAGACACUCGAAGAGUGAUAAAAGAACAAUAUUACAACAACUAUCGGGAACUUAAACCGUAAACUGGAUCAAUUUCAAAAUUGUUCAUUACCUUAUUAAUAAAUAUAUCCAUUAAUUCACACUGAGAAUUUAGAUGUUGUUGAACUGUUGGAUCUCCAACCACUGAAUUGGAUUUAUCCACAUCUGGGUAUGCCCCUAUUCAAAUAAUAAAAAUGUGCUUAUUAUGUGACCUUGCCAUUGUAGUAUAACAAAACGAUUUAAUAAUUAUUUCAUAGUUAUAAGCACAAUCUAAAAUUAACAAAUUUCACUAAUGUACACAUAAUUACCACAAUUGUUUAUGAACUACUACUUUACUUAACCUAAUUAUAUACCUACUAACAUUAUAAUAUUUGUUAUAGAAAUUUAUCGUUAUGGUGUAUAUCAAAACGAUUAUCAGAAUGCUGUUUGUCAUAACGAAACUGAAUUCAGGUAUAUUUAACCUAAUUUUGUAUUUCUAAUUUUAGUAAUAACAUUAUGUUUAUUGUAUAACUUUACCAAUGUAAACAUUUAUGACAUAGAUACACUGUGGAGAUAUCCAAUAGAAUCCCUUUCUUCAGGGUAUUACUUAUGUUUAAAUGGUAAACUAUUAACAGAAUAUGGAAGUAAGAAGGACAAAAGAAAACAUACAAAUGGGGAGUAACCACUGGAAUUGUGGAAUAAAAAGCCCCUGACCAACAACCAUACUAGGAAAAAAGACCCGUUGUAAAUAAAAAUGUACAUUUUAAUAAAACAAAAUAAAAAUCAUUAAUAUUUUGAGUUAAUAAAAAACAAAUUUUUUAAAGGCAUUUCAUAUGUUAUCGGGUUUUAAAAUAAAUAAAUAAAUCAAUUAACUUAAAAAAAUAUAAUAUGGAUAUUAGGUAAUUUAAAAAUACAAAAUACUUCUUUGGUUGUUGUUUAUUUGCUCGUAAUUAUUUUGUGAUUAUAAAUUGAGUCAUAGGUGUUCAACAUUAUCCAGAAGGCCUUGGCUAAUGCAAAUAGUAUCCAUUUUGUCAAAUAGUAAAUGUUCACAUUUGGCUAAUGUUAAAUAAUUCAUGUGUCUAUCAAUAUUAUAAAUACAAUUUUAUACAAAUUUAAACUUACUGUUUAUUUUCUCUUUGAACAUAAACCAUGGC